GUCUAAUAUUAUCCAUCCCGAUCGAUUUCUAACAAGUUACAAGGGACCAUUGUAUAAUCAGCGCGGUAAACCAACCCUCGGUAUCGUGUAUGCAUGCCAGCAGGAUGUCCUGUCUUUGCAUGCACCUACUCUCUGUUUUUUAUUCUCAAAUUCUAGCUAUAGAUACUGCCACGGCCCUUUCUCCUAUUUCAUGCGGUCAAACAAGGAGUUCGAAACAAAACUGAAAGCUCUAGUCUCCAGUGGUGACUAUACUUUAGCAAUGGCUAUUUCGAAGCUUUUGAUCGCUUCGCUUGUCGUAUCUCUUCUUGUUCUCCAGGAGGUGAACGCAAGUAUAGGUGUAAGCUCUAUUGCUGGGAAAAACAUCGAUUGUGGCGGGGCUUGCAAAUACAGGUGUUCCUUAUCCUCUAGGCCACAUCUUUGCAAUAGGGCUUGCGGGACAUGCUGUGCACGAUGCAAAUGUGUCCCUAAAGGCACUUCCGGCAACCUAGAUACUUGCCCUUGCUAUGCCACCAUGACUACUCAUGGUGGCAGACGCAAGUGUCCUUGAAAUCAGCCUUUACCUCCUUGUAAAAAGCACAUAGUGAUUCUCUACAUAUAUCAAUAGUAAUCCUUGGAGUUUGAGUACUAUAGCUAUGAGGGAUGUCGUUUUCUUCAGUUUUCCUUUAUUUUUUUUAUUGUUUGUAUUAUAUAUUUUCUGAAUUUUUUGUUUUUA